GUGAAGGCAAGGCGCCAUAGUCACGGUAGUCCUGGCGACGAGAACCAAGCAACGGGAGUCAACAACCCGAAUGUAAGGAAAAAACUUAGCACUAAAAUGAUAAUACCGGGGGAAAAACAGAGAGGUGGCGCCUCAAAGGAUUGGUUGCCAUGGCAACUUCUGGCUACUCAGAAGACCUCCAGCCUCCGCAGACCAACACGGUAACCAUAGCAUCAACUCCGGCUUCCACCACACCCUCUUCCACCAAGACAGCAGCACACUUCCUGGCCGGACUCCCACUAACCUCUGGAAGCAUUGCAUCAGCCAAUCAAUCAGCCAAAACUGGACAGGAUGCACUUUCGUCCCAAGCUCCAUCUACCCAGGCUCAGAGCCAGAAGGCGGCUGUUCUAGCGGCUCCUACACAGCACUAUAUAAGCUCAGAAAUCCAGCACACUGUGGCCCAGAAGAGUAAUGGUCAGAACACCUCACCCCAAUACAUCAUAGUGACGGUUACAGAGGGUUCUGCGCAGUCUAACGACAGUCUGUCAGAAUCCAGCUCACCUGCCCCGGGUGUGCCUACACGGGUGGUCCAGCCAGUGCAGACCACCACUCAGCAGAGGUCAGUGUUGCAGACGGUGCCACAGGCUGGCAAGAGGGUUCAGUCAGGACACGUCAAUAAUCUGCAGUCUGCGCACAUCAACCAUGAGGUGGAUCAGGCGUACUCGGGCCAGGUGCAGUAUGUGGACGGAGGAGGCUCCGACAAUGCUUUCACCACCUCCUCUAUCCGGCCAGGCGGCUACUCUUUUUCCGACUCACCCCUCUACUCUCAGACCCCUCCCGCCUCCUCCUCCAACUUCUACGAGGCCACGUCUAGCUCGGAGUCCGACAUCAGCGGCUCGGUGACCUCACAGACUCUCUCCUCCUCUGUUGCAGCAGCAGCUGCUGCCAUCGGGGGCACCUCUGCGAGUGGCUCCGGUUAUGUCAUUCAGGGGGCUUAUUUGUUGGGAGGAGGGGGUGGAGGAGGACAGAGCUACUCCAGCCCAAAUUCACGUGCCCCUCCGGCCACUGUGCAGUGGCUGUGUGACAAUUACGAAGGUGCAGAGGGGGUGAGCCUGCCUCGCUGCACCCUCUACUACCACUACCUGCUACACUGCCAGGAGCAGAAGCUGGAGCCGGUCAAUGCCGCCUCCUUUGGCAAACUCAUCAGGUCCGUCUUCAUGGGGCUCCGCACCCGAAGGCUCGGCACGCGGGGGAACUCAAAGUACCACUACUAUGGACUCAGGAUCAAAUCUGGCUCCCCUCUGCUCAGACUGAUGGACGAACAGCAGAUCACGGCAAUGCGGCAGGAGCCGUUCCCACAGAAAAGCAGGGUAAAGGCGGUUCAGAAAACAGAGGGGAUCGCCAAUGGGACCUCAGGGGGGGCGUCCCAGCAGCAGGCAGGAGUGGUUUGUGAUAUUUCGGCCCAGGUGCAGCAGUACCAGCAGUUCCUGGAAGCAUCACGUCCGUUGCCUGAUUUCGUUGAGAUGAACGUGCAAGAGCGCAGCCUGCCUGAUGGGAUCCUGCCUGAACACCUCAAGGCCUUUCAGACGCUCUACAGGGAACACUGUGAGGCCGUUUUAGACGUGAUGGUGAACCUUCAGUUCACUCUUGUGGAGACACUUUGGAAAUCCUUCUGGAGGUUCAGCCAAAGCAGCGAACCAGAAACUCUCAAUCUUCACCACGAGUCGGAGAAACGUCUGCCAAAAUCAUGCCUCGUGCUGCUGUGCAAGUUUGAGCCUGUACUAAACUGGACGAGAACGUGUGACAACCUGCUCUAUCAGACGCUGGUGGAGAUCCUCAUCCCCGAUGUGCUCCGACCCAUCCCCAGUGCCUUGACUCAGGCCAUCCGUAAUUUUGCUAAGAGUCUGGAGAGCUGGCUGUCCGGCGCCAUGAUGAACAUCCCAGAAGAGAUGGUUCGCAUUAAGGUGGUGUGUGUCAGCUCUUUUUCCCAAACGCUGCGUCGCUAUACCAGCUUGAACCACCUGGCCCAGGCAGCCCGUGCCGUUCUCCAGAACUCGGCUCAGAUCAACCAGAUGCUCUCUGACCUCAACCGUGUAGAUUUCACCAACGUUCAGGAACAAGCGUCGUGGGUGUGUCAGUGUGAGGAUCAAAUCGUCCAGCGGCUGGAGCAAGACUUCAAGAUGACCCUGCAGCAGCAGAACUCCUUGGAGCAGUGGGCCUCGUGGCUGGACGGCGUUGUCUCUCAGGUGCUCAAACCUUACGAGGCCAACCCCGUCGCCCUGCCCAAGGCCGCCAAAGUCUUUCUGCUCAACUGGUCCUUCUAUAGUUCGAUGGUCAUUCGGGACCUGACCCUGCGCAGCGCCGCCAGCUUCGGAUCCUUUCACCUGAUCCGCUUGCUGUACGAUGAGUACAUGUACUACCUGAUCGAGCACAGAGUGGCUCGGGCGAAAGGAGAGACCCCAGUUGCCGUCAUGGGAGAAUUUGCCAGCACAGUCAAGAACCGAUCCACUCCGGACCUGGAGAAAGAUGAGGAAGACGAUGACGAGGACGAGGAGAGUGAGGAUGAAAGCGCAGAUCUGGUCUUGCAGUCCAGCUCUCUGAGCAUGCUGGAAGACAAGGAGCUGUUGGAGCCACCCGCCAAGCAGCCCAGGACCUCUUUAAGCCUGCACAGUCUGACAGAGACACACAAUACACCGGCUUAGAGGAAAACACACACACACACACACAGAAACCUUUGCUUUAACGCCAUCAAGUCAUCCCAUCCUGCACCCUUUGUCAUGUGUGCUGGGUGUUGUUUGUCGAGUGUGCGCAUGUUUAAGAAAACAGGAGUGCCCUUUAUGCCAAUGAUGUAUUUUUUGCUUUUUUGUGCUGCCAUUUUGUUUCUCUUUUGUCAUGUAAUCGUGUAUGAUCCCUGUGCCUUCCCAGAACAUUCAGUGGCCAGCCCUGCACAAAUACCACAUUACCUGAUGGACACUCAUGAUAUUUCCCUGAGUCUCCCUUGUCCUGCCUUAACCACUAACCAGAUAAUGUAGAGAAAUUGUCCUGGUGAUGUCCAAAAUCACUCAUAUUGCCCUUUAAGCAAUGUCUAUGCAGGGGUGUUUUAUAAUCAGGAUUAAUGGAUUUUAUGGGCUCACUAAUGGACAACUGGUUGUGGAUGCCAUAUUUCAUUUACUUUCUGUACGUCCUUUUUAAUUUGGCCAACUAACUGAUUCGCUGUGCCUUUGAGAGAUUGCUAGCCCAAUUGAACUUGUAUUCAAUAUCGUGUGUAUUGUUGCAUAUAUAUAUGAGGGUUCUGUAGCCUUGUUGUCUUGAACUUUUGUAGCUAUUAAAAAUCGUGAGCCAUGUCUGUCGA